UGAAUGUCAGCUUUUAACUGGUAGGCCUAUUGCUUCAUGUUCAGCAGUAGUGUUAGUUGAAAUAUAGUGAUAUGGAGAAGAACGAUAAGCCUUCAACUGAACAACAGCAAUUGGCUUGGAGCCAAGAAAUUCCAAAUUAUGGAGACAAACUGCUUAAGCGUUUGGAAGAAUUUCGAAAGACUACAAUUUUGUACGAUGUUCGCGUUCGCGCUGAAGGCGGAGAAUUCAAUGCUCACAAAAUAAUUCUAGCUGCUUGUGGCGGAAUGUUCAGAACAUGUUUCAUCGACGAAAGUAAAAAGAUGAUAUCCAGUUCAAUAACGGAAUUGAAACUCAAUUGCCCAGCACAAGGCUUGAAACCGAUAAUAAAGUUCGCCUACACUGGAGCAUUAAUUGUCACAAAACGAAACGCUGUGGCAACAAUGAUAGCUGCUGAAGUAACAAAGAUGAGAGAGGUUCAGGAAAUUUGUGCCGACAUUGCAUUAAAAGAAUAUGGAUGGAUUAUAUCUUUCACUGACGAAAAGAAUUCAGCCGUUGUUGAAAAAUUACAGAACGUGUUGUCUGCACACGCAUCCUGUUUCAAGAGUUUGGAAGAAAUUGCUGUCGCACAAUGGGAUGAUAACAAAAAUCUACCAUUUUUAGAAGAUAUAAGAAGUAGUUUUCCCGAUUCUGUUGAGACUUAUCAGAAACUUGCGGUAUGUUUAUCUGGAGCCCGCACACUGAUUAAUAACAACACUAAAUCCAACGAGGCACCAGACGCGGAGUCCGAAAAUUCUGGUAAAAAUGUCAGUGAACCGGUUUUGGAGGCAAAGAGUCCUUUAAAAAGAGUAGAAAUUGAAGAACCCGUAACUAAUGGAGCACCCGAUAAUGUCGACUCAGGAAAACCACAAGUAACGCUGAACAAUGAAAAAGAAAAAUCGACUCAACAAAUUUCUCCAAAACCGGCUGAUAGUGUCAAAAAUGUGCCUGCCUCGCCGCCUUUGAGAAAGCCUCGAUCAUCCGUCAAGACAAAAGCCGCACCGCCGCCACCUUCACCAAGACAGCGGGAAGUGGCACCAAAGUCUCCUACGGCUCUGCCGCCUCCUCGUCCACAAAAGCUACCGACAAAAGUUCCGCCUCCAAGACCAAAACCACCAGCGGUGAAAAAAAUUUCAGCAGAGGACGGAAAUUCCUCCAACAAUGAUGCGGAAGUCGAUUACGACGACAGCUUGAACCCGUUUGCAUAAUACGGCUUUGUCAAUGGUUGUCAUUCACGGUAUCCACAUCGCGGUAAACACUGUGGACGGAUACUUUUUGAGCACUGAAGAAAUCUCCACAAAGCUCGGAUUUAUCAGUUGUACAAUACUUCUAUGUGCCUCGCAGGUUCGAGGUUCACACAGAAUUGGCACCACUACGUAAAAAGCGCAAGAUCCUUACAGCCCUAUUUUUUUAACAAUAUAUUAGUCAAGUUACAACACGUGAGCAUACAUCGGACAGUUCAGAUAAUAUAAACGCAAAUAUAGCAAAACUACUAACAUUUCUUUCUUGCAAUGUCAACACCUUACGUCUUAUUUAAUUUCAAAUAUUAGUCACGCAUGUAGUCUACUUUGUAUAUUAUAUUUAUAUAAUUAAUAUAAUGUUUAUUCGA